AUUUUUUUUCAAUGAUUAAUUGUGAACUUUAUAUGCAUUUGGGCAAUUUCAUUAUGCAGGCCUAUUCAGUAUAAUGGUCGGCCUAAAAUAGGGAAUGAUGACAUGUGUGUGCGUGUGUGUGUGCGUGUGCUUGGGGGCCGUAUAUAUAAUUAUGUGUGCGUGUGUCUGUGUUUGUGUGUGUGUGUCGGCAUGUGUGUGCUUGCAUAUGUGUAAUGCAAUUACAUAUUAAAAGGUAUAAUGUGGCUGUAUGAUGAAUAUAAAAAGCUUGCAGCUUUGAGUGUUAUGUUUGUGUGUUUAUACAUGUGUGUGUGAGUAAAGGAGUUAAGUUCAUACAUGUGUGUGUAUUCAUGCUGUGUAGGCUAGUAAUUUCUACCCCAUUAUUUUUUUAGACUAACAGAGAUGGGGACAUAAGAGAAGGGAGAGGGAGUGGAUGGAUGGAAGAGGGAGAGAGUUAAUGUUAACUGAGGAUGAAAUAAAUUAAACUGAACCAUUGGCAAUCAUGUCAUUAUAAUCAUAAUCAACUUCUUUCUCAGGAGUGUGUGAAGGAGCUGAAUCUGAGGAACAUGGUGUCCAUCUCCAUGGAUGGACCCAAUGUAAAUUGGAAAUUCUUUGAGCUUCUACAGCAAGAGCACGCUGAGCAGUAUGGUGGUGUCCAGCUGGUGAAUGUGGGUAGCUGUGGCCUCCACACCCUACAUAACGCAUUCAAAUGUGGAUUCUCUAUGUGGCAACUGGAGAAGGUGUUGAGGGGGAUGCACUACCUUUUUCAUAACACACCAGCAAGGAGGGAUGACUUCAUUGCCCUCACCAAAUCCUCAGUCUUCCCGCUACCAUUCUGUGGGCAUCGGUGGAUUGAAAACCUGCCAGUUGUAGAAAGGGCCAUAGAGGUAUGGCCUUCACUGGUGACAUACGUGGAUGCAGUGCGGACAAAGAAGGUUCCAAACCCUGGAACAGCCUCAUUUGACACCAUAGAAGCAGCCAAGCAAGAUCCACUCAUCUUGCCUAAGCUACAAUUCUUCAUGGCCAUCUCAAGGACGUUCACUCCCUUUCUGACGAAGUAUCAGACUGACGCACCAGUCAUGCCAUUCCUUUGCAAGGACUUGGUGGAGUUGUUCCAGAGUAUGCUUAGGCGUUUUGUCAAGAGGGAGCAUCUCCAAAACAUCACUCCAGUGCAGCUGGUGAGGCUGGAUGUGGCUGACCAAAAGAUCUGGGUCAACUUGAAGGAAGCUGACAUAGGCUUGGGUGCAGAGGCAGCCCUGAAGGUGAUGUGAUUAUCCAACAGUUUGGGAACUUCAUGUCUGUCGAGGCUAAAAGUGAGAAGUUUUUGUCCUUCCGGCCCAUCGAAACCAGGCUUGAUGUGUUUCUGCAUGGCUUUCUCAGCCAACCCUACCCUGAGCUUUGGGGUUUCUGUCAGAAGAUCCUACUGUUAUCCCAUGGGCAGGCAACGGUCGAGAGAGGCUUCUCGAUAAAUAAGGAGGUGGAAACUGUAAACCUUAAGGAGGACGGUGUCAUUGCCCAGAGACUGGUAUGUGACUACGUUGCCGUUUGUGGGGGGGUUGCCAAUGUCCCUCUCACCAAGGAGCUGCUGACCUCGGUGGGAUCAGCAAGGUCAAAAUAUAGAGAACACCUUGACCUGGAAAAGAGGAAGAGCCAAGGUGCUGCACAAGGGCAGAAGAGGAAAGCUGCAGAAGAACACGUCGCUGAGCUUAAGAAGAAAAAGAAAACUCUCCUGGAGGUAUGUGGCUCUCUGGAGAAAGAUGCUGACCUGUUUGCCGAGCAAGCUGAGGGUAAGUCCGGCACCUUGAUGGCUCAGCUCAUAACGAAAUCAAACAUCCUCAGGAAGAGAUGCAAGGAAAAAUUAAGUGAGCUGAAAAGGAUUGAGGCAGAACUGGAGAUUAAGGCCACAGAACUGAGGCUCACCUGAGGCUCAUUGUGUGUGUGUGUGUGUGUGUGUGUGUGUGUGUGUGUGUGUGUGUGUGUGUGUGUGUGUGUGUGUGUGUGUGUGUGUGUGUGUGUGUGUGUGUGUGUGUGUGUGUGUGUGUGUGUGUGUGUGUGUGUGUGUGUGUGUUAGGUUCAUUCGUUGUUUUUUUUUGUUAGAGGUUUGCAGCUGCACUUGUUAUUUCAUGAACCACAGAGCCAAUGCUGUUUGACUCAAUUUACUAAAUUUGUUUGUGUAUUUUUGUAUAUUAUUUUGUAAACUUCUUGUUCGGAAACAUGCACUUGUUCUUACAGUUUUUGAACCAGAGAGCACUGAGUAUCACUUUAUGUUCAAUAAACAGACAAAAAGUAAACUUGAAUGAGUCUCAUUGAGUGACACACAUGC